GAGCGAGAGAGAGAGAGGGAGAGAGAGAGAGUGUAGUCUCUAAGAAAGAAAGAAGGAAACAUCAACAACCCCAUAAAAAAGAUCACACACUGCCUCUUCUCUCUCUCUCUCUCUCUCGCUGUUGCCUUUAUCUCUUUCUUUCUCUUUCUUCUCUCCGGUCCCUUUCUCUGAUCUCUGCUCCGUAACCCUAGCUCUGCAAUUUCUUUCCUUCUCAACCGUUUUGUUUGGGAAUGCCUCUGUGUUUUUUUGCGGCAUUGUGGAGGCGAACGUUUGACUUGUACUUGGGAAAGGUUUGAGCUCUGACGGAGGGAUUUUUUUGAGUGUCUGUUUGUGCCGUGCCGGUUCGAAAAUUCUGUUUUGUUUUGGUGGUGGCGGCGGCGGUUGCGAUGGCCGCGGAAGGGGCAUUGUCGUUCUCCGUGGCGUCUGUUGUUGAGGAUGUUCUGCAGCAGCAUGGAACCCGAUCCAGAAAUCUUGAUUUGGAGUCCAGGAAAGCAGAGGAAGCUGCAUCGAGAAGAUCUGUGGCAGCGGGAUGGCUGAGAAAGAUGGCUGGGGUUGUUGGAGCUAAAGAUUUGCCAGCGGAGCCUUCAGAGGAAGAGUUUAGGCUUGGCUUAAGAAGUGGAAUUAUCCUUUGUAAUGUUUUUAAUAAGAUUCAACCAGGAGCUGUGCCAAAGGUGGUAGAGAGUCCUUGUGAUUCUGCUCUCAUUCCCGACGGAGCUGCUUUGUCUGCGUAUCAGUAUUUUGAAAACGUGAGGAAUUUCCUCGUAGCUGCGCAGGAGAUGGGGUUUCCUACAUUUGAGGCCUCUGAUCUGGAACAAGGAGGGAAAUCAGCAAAGGUUGUGAAUUGCGUUUUGGCACUUAAAUCCUACAGUGAGUGGAAACAGACAGGUGGAAAUGGAGUAUGGAAAUUUGGUGGAAAUUUGAAACCCACUGUAUGUGCUAAAACGUUUGUGCGAAAAAAUUCCGAGCCGUUCACCAAUUCAUUAUCGAGGAACUUGUCAAUGAAUGAGACAUCGUUGAAUGCUCUUGCAUCUGACCUAGAAUCUAAUAAAAUGCCUGGCUCUCAUUCCUUGAGCAUGCUUGUUCGUGCUGUUCUGUUAGAUAAAAAGCCUGAAGAAGUUCCAACAUUGGUGGAGUCUGUACUAGCUAAAGUUGUGGAGGAGUUCGAGCGUCGGAUUGCAGGCCAAAAUGAGCUGAGAAAAACACCUUCAAAAGAAGCUGUGGUUUCUCAUGGGAGCAAGUCUUUUUUGACACAUGGUCCUGGUGAUAGGAAGAUUGAUGACCAAAAUAUCACAAACAUAAAGAAAGAGGAAAGGUUUCACAAAAAGCUCAUCCCUGAUGAGGAGUCAAAAAGUCAGCUUCUGAAACAGCAAAAAAGUUUUGAUCAACAACAAAGAGAUAUCCAGGAGCUGAAACGUUGUCUUCAUACUACGAAAGCUGGUAUGGAGUUUAUGAAAAUGAAGUUUCACGAGGAGUUCUACAAUCUCGGUGCACAUAUUCAUGGCCUAGCUCAUGCAGCUUCUGGAUAUCAUAAAGUUCUUGAGGAAAACCGCAAGUUAUACAAUCAAGUUCAAGACCUUAAAGGAAGUAUUAGGGUAUACUGUCGAGUGAGACCUUUCUUGGCUGGACAACCAAACUAUUUGAGUACUGUGGAUCACAUAGAGGAAGGCAAUAUUACUAUUAACACCCCAUCAAAGCAUGGGAAAGGACGCAGGUCCUUUAAUUUCAACAAAGUCUUUGGGCCAUCUGCAACCCAAGCGGAGGUUUUUUCUGAUACUCAGCCAUUGAUUCGGUCUGUUCUUGAUGGUUAUAAUGUAUGUAUCUUUGCCUAUGGUCAAACUGGAUCGGGGAAAACUUACACUAUGACUGGACCUAAAGAGCUUACGGAGCAGAAUCAAGGUGUAAAUUAUAGGGCAUUGAGGGAUCUGUUUCUUCUGUCAGAACAAAGAAGAGACACUUUCCGCUAUGAUGUUUCUGUUCAGAUGAUUGAGAUUUAUAACGAACAAGUUAGGGAUCUUCUUGUCACAGAUGGCCUUAACAGAAGAUUAGAAAUUCGCAACAGUUCUCAGACGGGACUAAAUGUACCUGAUGCAAACCUUGUUCCUGUGUCAUGUACUUCUGAUGUUAUUAACCUUAUGAAUCUUGGACAACGGAAUCGUGCAGUGGGUGCAACAGCCCUCAAUGAUCGUAGUAGUCGCUCUCAUAGUUGCUUGACUGUUCAUGUCCAAGGAAGAGACUUGACAUCUGGAACUGUUCUUCGAGGCUGUAUGCAUCUGGUUGAUCUAGCUGGAAGUGAGAGAGUAGACAAAUCAGAGGUUACAGGGGAUAGGCUGAAAGAGGCUCAACAUAUUAACAGGUCACUCUCUGCUUUAGGUGACGUGAUAGCGUCUCUUGCCCAAAAGAAUCCACACGUGCCUUACAGGAACAGUAAACUUACACAAUUGCUUCAAGAUGCACUUGGUGGACAAGCCAAGACAUUAAUGUUCGUUCACAUAAGCCCUGAGCCUGAUGCUGUUGGGGAAACAAUUAGUACACUGAAGUUCGCUGAGCGGGUUGCCACAGUUGAGCUUGGUGCUGCCCGGAUAAACAAAGACAGUGCUGACGUUAAAGAACUCAAAGAGCAGAUUUCCAGCCUAAAAGCAGCAUUAGCUAGGAAAGACGGAGAACCAGAGCCAAUACAGCAUUCAAUAUCUGGCACAUCUGAAAGACAUAGAACCAAAGCCAGUGACGUCUCGCCUUUUUGUUCUAACCAGCAGGUUGGAAAUACGCUGCCUGAUCGCAGCAACUGCAGACAACCAGUGGGGGACUUAGGCAACAUUGAGGUUUGCAGUAACUCUGCAUUGAAGCAGAGGAGGCAAAGCUAUGAUCUUGAUGAGCUAUUGGGGAAUUCACCUCCCUGGCCUCCAGUAAGUAGCCCUGACCAAAGUUAUAGGGAGGACGAUAAGGAAUUGAGUGUGGGGGAGUGGGUAGACAAGGUCAUGGUGAAUAAGCAGGAUGCUGUACAGAGAAUUGAAAGCCCUUUAGGUUGGCAAGCAGAUAAUGGGCACUUGGCCGACGUCUUUUACCAGAAAUAUCUCUCUGAUUCUUCCAAACUAUACCCGGACCAAACAUAUAAUAUGUUCACAGCGGGCAACCGGUUUGACGUUGCUAAUACUGAUGAUUUGGAUGAUCUCGACGCUGCCACCAGCGACUCCUCCGAGCCAGAUUUGCUUUGGCAAUUCAAUCAGGCCAAGCUAUCUAGCAUGGCCAACAGAAUAGGGUCAAAGAGCAAGAAACCUACUCCAAAUUCGGCCAAGAGCCCGGAAUCAAGCAAGAAUUUGCUUCCAGCCGGCCCAUCAUUGCGAAAACAUGCGAAUGGGGUUGGCACACUGCUGCACCGGAGUGGGAGGAAGCCUGUUUCUACUGACGGGAAGCGAAAGAUUGCAAAUAGAAAGUAGGAGUAUCUAUCUGCCUUGAGGAAGGUGUUCCUACUGUCACUGUACGUUCGACUUUCAUAUAUAGACACAAGUGAAAGAGAGGAGAGUGGGGGGUGGUGGGUAUUCUAUUGUUUCAUUUUUUGUUUUUUGUUUUGUUUUGAUAUAUAGCGGAAUAUAGCAAUAAUUCCAGUUGCUUGUAUUGUUUAAUUGUGAGUUCUGCCUGUUUGGAUAUGACAUACUUUGAUUUGUUUGGGAGAUAAACAUAUAUUUCCUGUAUUAUUUUUUUUAUUUUAUUAAAAAUGUAAAAUAAAAAUGUAAGUCCAGUUUUAUUGCUCUCAAAA